CCUCGCGAGUCAGCCGACGUGGGGCGCGCGCCCGCACGGCCGAUGUGGGGAGCGCCGGCGCCCGAGCCCCAGAGGGGUGCGCAGGUGCCGACGCCGACCUUCGAGACCGCACAACCCCCGGGCUCGCUGCCGCCGCUCAUCGCGGACAGCCCGUUCGAGACCCCCCGCUCCUCGAAGCUGUCGGCCGCGACCAGCCAGGGGCGCCCUCCGGCGUCCAAUCCGCGCGAGCCUUCCCGCGUGCCGGCGAGCGGCGCCCGCGCCGACGGCGGCGGCCCCCGAGGCGGCCACGCUCGGAACGGAUCCUUGCUCGGCGGCGCGUGCUUCCGCGACAAGCUCGAGGCGCUUUCCGCGACGCACGACCUGGAGGUGGCAGGCUUGAGGGACGAGGUGUCGGGCCUGCAGGAUCUGAUCGUGCAGUACAGGUCGCUCCUGGAGAAGGUCCCGUACACCGCAGGCGACGGGCCCGCCGGGUCCGACCCGAUCCACGAGAUGGCGGGCGAGAUGCUCAGCGGAUGCUUUGGGAAAGAUGCGCCCAUUGGCGCAUCGAGGACGUCACAGGUGGAGCACGCAGCGCCGAGGUCAGCGUCUUCGGAGCACGCUUCGGCCGAGCCUGUUCGAACCCGCUUCAUGACCGAGCGGCAGCAGGACACCUCUGCGCUGCAGGUGACCAUCGAGUCGCAGGCUGCUGCGGCAAUGUCGCCUGCAGCUGGUUAA